AAACGCUGCGCCAGCAGAAAAGCAGAGACGCGCACUGUGCUCGCCACCGCCGCUCACCAAUUUACAGCACUCGGUCCAAAGAUUUUUCCUGCUUGGAUGCAGCUCUGUCGCUCGCCUGACAGAUUUUUCGUAUCUUUAUAUCCUAUUUGCAUUCCUUAUUCAUCCGACGAAGCUAAAUUAUGAUUUGGGUAACUUUGUUGUGCAUCUGCGUCUUACCGUCGUUGCAAGCCGACAGUAGUAAACGUUAUGUGGUCGGCGGCUGUCCGAGUCUCUGCGAUAAGUCCAUGUGCCCGGCGAUGCCGAAAGACUGUAAGACGGGACAGGUGAUGGAUCACUGUAACUGCUGCAUGGUGUGCGCUUCUGGGGAGGGUGAAGCGUGCGGCGGAGUGGGUAAGCUGGGUGACCCGGUGUGUGGAGAGGGUUUGAAGUGCUCCGUUACCGGAGGAGUGGGGUACUCCGCCACCGUCAGGAGGAGAGGGAAAAACGGAGUCUGCGUGUGCAAGAGCAGCGACCCGGUGUGUGGCAGUGAUGGGGUCUCGUAUGAUAACAUCUGCGAGCUGAAGCGAGUCAGUAACCGGGCGCAGACUCUGCAGCAGCCGCCGGUACUUUUCAUACAGCGCGGAGCGUGUGGGACCGCUGUCCAUGAUAACCCCAACAGCCCGAGGUACAAGUACAAUUUCAUCGCUGAUGUAGUGGAGAAGAUCGCCCCCGCCGUGGUUCAUAUUGAACUGUAUCGCAAGAUGGUUUAUUCUAAGCGUGAGAUGGCAGUGGCAAGCGGGUCAGGAUUUGUGGUGUCUGACGACGGCCUCAUCGUGACCAACGCCCACGUGGUAGCCAAUAAAAACAGGGUGAAGGUGGAACUUAAAAACGGAGUCUCAUAUGAUGCAAAGAUUAAAGAUGUUGAUGAAAAGGCAGACAUCGCCCUCAUAAAGAUCGAUCCACCGAGUAAGCUUCCUGUACUUUUACUCGGGCGAUCGGCCGACCUCAGACCAGGAGAAUUUGUGGUUGCCAUCGGCAGCCCGUUUUCCCUUCAGAAUACAGUUACCACCGGGAUUGUGAGCACCACACAGAGAGGAGGGAGAGAGUUGGGACUGAGGAACUCUGAUAUGGAUUAUAUACAAACCGAUGCCAUCAUUAAUUUUGGUAAUUCAGGAGGACCGCUAGUCAAUCUGGAUGGUGAGGUGAUCGGAAUCAACACAUUAAAAGUCACAGCAGGAAUUUCUUUCGCUAUUCCGUCAGACAAGAUACGGCAGUUUCUUGCCGAGUCGCAUGACAGACAGGCCAGAGGCCGUGGAGCAAUAAAGAAAAGAUACAUUGGUGUUCGUAUGAUGACCCUCACUCCUGCACUGUCCAAAGAGCUGAAAGGUCGACUGCGGGAUUUUCCUGACAUCACGUCAGGAGCCUAUGUCAUCGAGGUCAUCUCUAGAACCCCAGCUGCAGCUGCUGGACUUAAAGAACAUGAUGUCAUUAUUUCCAUCAAUGGUGAGCAAAUCUCCUCGGCAACGGAUGUCAGCGCAGCCAUCAAAAAAGACACCACUUUACGUGUGGUUGUUCGACGAGGAAACGAGGACGUCAUUCUUACUAUCAUCCCUAUGGAGAUUGACCCUUGACCCUGACUAAGCCUGGUGCUCCUUACCAAUGAACUUACUUGGGCAUGUCUGCGGCCCCACUCCUUUUCUUGGACAUCUAUCCAUGUUCUUGAAAUGACUGGCCGGGUGAAAGCUCAGCCUGAAGAUUUUAUACUGUACAGAGCACAUUGAUGUAGAUCCAUGUUCACAUGUAUUAAUGUCAUUUUUAUCAUACUAAUUAUUUAGAGGAUACUACUACUGUUUACUGUUCAACAAACACUAUUAGAUAUUAUUCGAUUUUAAAGAUUUAUUUUUAAGUUCUCAACAAUGUAUUGGAAUGCACAGCAGUUUAGUUUUUUCAUAAUUUGAUUAGAAAUUGUAACAUUUUUUUGUAAAAAAUAAGCUGUUUUUUUAUGUUUGCUAUUGAAAUUAUUAAAAACAUUUUGAUAUUUUGCUUUUUUAAAGAGCAUAACUGUUUUUUAAUAAAAGUUUCACAUUACACUGAAGCCUACUGUCACACAUUCAAACCAAACAGAGACCAAAAUGAAACAUUUGGACACACUGACACAUAUGUCUUCUAGACCAGAUGUUAUGAGUAAUAUCAUUUUUUGGUGCUGUUUGUGACAUGCAAUAUAUAAAGCACAGCAGCAAUAGGAUACAGUACACAUAUAAAAAGACAAAAGAGUGUUGUAACUUUUUUACCAAUACCAAUAAAUCCAACAAAGUAAUAGUACAGGUAAACAAAAUGUGAGUUCUGUAUUUUUGUGUUGACUUGCUGUCUGGCCAUGCAGCAAAAUCAGCUGAAGUCAUGAACUCUCUGUGUACAGUGUUUGAUAAAUGUGAGACACAAAUCAGCUGACAGCUAAAGAUGCCAAGAAAGAGGCAUGAGUCAGACCUGUUGUAAAUAAACCCAGAACUUUCAGAAAUGAGAAAUUUCCCAGUGCCACAUAUGCAACUUAUUGAAAGGUUUAAAAAGCUGAAUUUUGUUUUUAUAACAAUCAUUCUUG